GCGGGCGGUGCCUGCGGCGGGCGGGGGGAGUUCCAGGAAGUGGCCAUAUUGGAUCCAUUCCCCGCAUCCUCCCGCGCGGGCACGCACCGCCGCUCCCGGCCAUGGCCGCCACCGACCUGGAGCGCUUCUCGAAUGAAGAGAAGAGGAACCUUUCCCUGGGGGGCCAUGUGGGCUUUGACAGCCUCCCGGAUCAGCUGGUCAGCAAGUCUGUCACCCAGGGCUUCAGCUUCAACAUCCUCUGUGUGGGUGAGACUGGCAUUGGGAAAUCCACCCUGAUGAACACCCUGUUCAACACCACGUUUGAGACGGAGGAGGCGAGUCACUACGAGAGCGCGGUGCGGCUGCGGCCCCGCACCUACGACCUGCAGGAGAGCAACGUGCACCUGAAGCUCACCAUCGUGGACGCCGUCGGAUUCGGGGACCAGAUCAAUAAAGAUGAAAGUUACAGGCCGAUCGUAGAGUACAUUGAUACGCAGUUUGAAAACUAUUUGCAAGAAGAGCUGAAGAUCCGCCGGUCCCUCUUCAACUACCACGACACGAGGAUCCACGUCUGCCUGUACUUCAUCACCCCCACGGGGCACUCGCUCAAGUCCUUGGACCUGGUGACAAUGAAGAAGCUGGAUAGCAAGGUGAACAUCAUCCCCAUCAUUGCCAAGGCAGACACCAUCUCCAAGAGCGAGCUGCACAAGUUCAAGAUCAAGAUCAUGAGCGAGCUGGUCAGCAAUGGAGUGCAGAUCUACCAGUUCCCCACGGACGAUGAGGCAGUGGCUGAGAUCAACUCUGUGAUGAAUGCUCAUCUGCCCUUUGCCGUGGUGGGGAGCACGGAGGAGGUGAAGGUUGGGAACAAGCUGGUGCGGGCUCGGCAGUACCCGUGGGGAGUGGUGCAAGUGGAGAAUGAGAGUCACUGUGACUUUGUGAAGCUGCGGGAGAUGCUGAUUCGGGUGAACAUGGAGGAUCUGCGGGAGCAGACCCACACCCGCCACUACGAGCUGUACAGGAGGUGCAAACUGGAGGAGAUGGGCUUCAAGGACACAGACCCAGACAGCCAGCCCUUCAGCCUCCAAGAAACGUACGAGACCAAAAGGAAAGAGUUCUUGGGCGAGCUCCAGAGGAAAGAGGAAGAAAUGAGACAAAUGUUUGUUAACAAAGUCAAGGAGACAGAGGCAGAGCUGAAGGAGAAGGAGAGAGAGCUGCAUGAGAAAUUUGAGCACUUGAAAAGGAUACACCAGGAGGAGAAAAGGAAGGUGGAGGAGAAGAGGAGGGAGCUGGAGGAAGAGAUGAAUGCCUUCAACAGGCGGAAAGUGGCGGUGGAAACCUUGCAGUCCCAAUCCUUGCAGGCUACCUCACAGCAGCCACUGAAGAAGGACAAAGACAAGAAAAACAGGUCAGUAGUAACACAAAGCCAGCCAGGAGUCUGCCUGUCCAGCUCCAAGGUGAUGAUCACCAAGACCAGCGUGGAGCCCCUGAACUGCACGAGCUGGUGGGAGGCCAUCCAGUGCUGCAGCUGCCUGGUGAAGAGCGCGACGUGGAGGGAAGGAUUCCUCUGAGGCAGCUGGGGGGAGAUGGGGCCAGCUGGACAUCACAUGGCCUGGGACUGGAGAGAAGAGAGAGUGUACAUAUAUAUAUAUA